CCGCGAGGCUCGCCGGCCCGCGAGGCCAGCCCCAAGGGGCCCGACCGGCCGCCGAGCCCCAUGCUGGGCUACGCCGCGCUGCUGCCCGUGAGCCUCCUGCUGGCGCCGGUGGUGCUGGCGGUCGCCUUCGCGCCCGAGCUGGUCAGGCGCGUGCCGAUCCCGUCCUUGGUGCACCGGCUCAUGUUCUGGGCGUUCUCCGCGUGCACGAUAUUGUGGUUCCUCAGCCCGAGUGCCCUGGCGACUCGCGUGAACGGACUUCUCAGGCCCGCCGCCCUGCGGCUGGCAGCCCAGGGCAAGCACCGCCUGGCGGCGCUGACGUUCGCGUCGUGCGAAUUUCUGCGGCCGGUGACCGUCGUGCUGCAGGCGCUCUUCGCCGCCCGCCUCGUCACCUCCGCGCUGCCGGCGGGGGCGGCCGGGCUCGUGCUCCCGGCGCUGCCGGCGCAGUACGGCCUGCUCGCGGGGACGUACCCCAGCAGGUUCCUGGGCCCCCUGCUGGGCGGGCCCACGAGCGCGCUGCUCGGCUGGGUGCUGAACCUGAUCCAGGUGCUCGUGAGCGGCCGGGAGUGGCUGCUCGCCCUCUCCCUCGCCUGCCUCCACGGCGCGCGCCUCGUGCUCGCCGCCACGGCGCCGCGGGCGGCCGCGUCGCCCGAGGGGCUGU